AUGGGAAAGAGUUUGUUUCAAGAAUCUCUCAAAGCUCUAGAAGCUGAUAUUCAGUAUGCUAAUACACUGGCAUUAGAGCAUCCAAGGGAUAAAGAAGGAGGAUGCUUUCAGAUGAGGCUAUCAUACAGUCCAGUGGCUCCACUUUUUCUGUCUCUUGUUCAAUGGACUGAUUACCGACUUGCUGGUGCUCUUGGUUUGCUGAGAAUUCUAAUUUUUGUGACAUAUGGAAAUGGGAAAACUACUAUUUCAAUAUAUGAAAGGAAAGCGAGCAUAAGACAAUUUUAUUCGGUUAUAUUUCCUGCUCUAUUGCAACUUCAGAAAGGCAUCACAGAUUUGGAAGAAAGGAAACAAAAAGAAGUAUAUGCUAUUAGAUACCAAAAGAAGACCGAUUUCAAAGAUAGAAGAGAAUCUGAAAUUGACAUUGAGAGAGAACAGGAAUGUGGAGUUUGCUUGGAAGUGAAAGCUAAAGUUGUGCUGCCUAAUUGUUGCCACCAAAUGUGCUUUGAGUGUUACACAGACUGGUGUCUUAGGUCUCAGUCUUGCCCCUUUUGCCGGGAUAGCCUGCAGAGAGUAAACUCUGAGGACCUUUGGAUUUACACUGACACAAGUGAUAUUGUGGAUGUUGGAACAAUUUUCAGAGAGAAUUGUAAGAUUCUGUUUAUUUACAUAGAAAAGUUGCCUCUUAUUAUUCCAGAUCCCAGACAUGUGUCCUAUGAUCCAUUUUUUAGGUAA